AUGGAGUACCUGUACGCCACCGCAAAUUGCUACGCCUUCAUGUGGAAGGUGCCCUUCGUGCGGAAUCGGCAGAUCUUCCACCAUCGGGUGCAGGAGCUGAAGCUGCAGGUGCCUGCCUGGUCGCCUCCCAGCUCUGGCAAGGUGGAGACUGAGGAGGAUGACGGUGAGCGGGUGGAUCCUGCGGCCGUGGAGGCUUUGAAGGCAGAGCUCUAUGCUGUGGACCCCAAGAGCCUGCACGAGUGCGAGGCACAUGACUUCGAGAAAGAUGAUGACACAAACUUCCACAUCGACUUCCUCACGGUUUCAACAAACCUGCGUGCCAGCAACUACGACAUCAAGCACACGGAGCGAUCAGCAGUGAAAGUCACGGCCGGGCGCAUCAUCCCUGCGCUGGCCACCACCACCGCCAUGAUCUGUGGCUUGGUGGACGUGGAGUUUCUGAAGCUGGUGAUGGGGAUGCACAAGGAAGAGGGCGCCUUGGACAAGUUCUACAACGCCAAUAUCAAUUUGGCCACCGGGCUCCAGGCCAUGAACCUCUUUAGACCAGAGCCAGCAAUCAUCCGGAAGACGGACUUGCCGGGCUCGGUGGCUGAGUUUACCUCAUGGGACAAGGUCGAGAUCGACGGGGAGAUCACCUUAGAGGAGCUGGUGCAGCAGCUCGAGGCGAAGCUCGGGGGCCGCGUCUUGCGACUCCACCCCUCCGGCAAUGACAAGGUGAGCGUCUACGACAGUGCCCAGGCGAAGAUGCUCUCCUGGAAGAUCGAGCUGCAAGAGGGCAAGGCCCCGACUUGA